AUGGAAAAGGCAGGAUUUGUCAAUAUCACAGUCAAGGAGUUCUACAUCCCCGUGGGUAUUUGGCACAAGGAUAAGGAGCUGGCCGAAAAGGGCCUCUGGUGGAAGGUUUCUUAUGCUAGAGGUAACUCGUUGUUAGGAUACCUCAACUACAUCUUCAAUGUUGUCAUGGGGUGGACCCCCGAGGAGACUGCGGUCUACGCCAAGCAUCUUCGCAAGGAGCUGAACAAUCCUAACAUCCACGCCUACUUUAAGGGGCGUACUGUUUACGACCGGAAGCCGCAGCCGGGUGAGGUACCUGAACCUAACUAA